GUCUGGAGCGAGGGAAGGUGAACGAGGACGGCUCUUUCACGGUGGAUUGCUCUAAAGCCGGAGAAGCUGAACUCACCAUCGAGAUCCUCUCUGACUCCGGGGCCAAGGCGGAGGUCCGAGUGCAGAACAACGGCGACGGGACGUACUCCAUCACCUACACCCCGCAGAGCCCCGGCAUGUACACCAUCACCAUCAAGUACGGAGGCCACGCCGUGCCAGAGUUCCCCGCCCGGCUGCAGGUGGAGCCGAGCGUGGACGCCAGCGGGGUGAAGGUGCACGGGCCGGGGGUGGAGCCGCGAGGCGUCCUGAGGGAGGUGACCACGCACUUCACGGUGGACGCUCGGGCGCACAUUAAGAGCGGCGGCAGCCACGUGAAGGUCAGCAUCUCCAACCAAUCAGGCAGCAGCACGGACGCCUACCUGACGGACCGGGGGGACGGCUGUUACCGGGCGGAGUACACGCCGUACGAGGAUGGUGAGGACGGCUUCUCCUUCUUUCUGUUUCUGGUUUUGCUUCUGGAGGUUUUUCCACAACAACAUAUUAUAAAUGAAAGUUUAAUCGCCGUGUGGUUGAGUCGUAAAGAUUCCUGUUUUCCCCGCAGAAAAGGAAUCUGUGUCUUCAAGGGUUUGGGUUAG